AUGCUGUCAUGUAAGCACACCAUUCAGCUUCAGUUGUUUGUCUUACGGGUCAAUCAAGAACAAAUGAAAAUGGAUAUUAACAGGCUUGGAAAUGAAAUAAUAAUGAAAGGAUCUCCAAAGCAAAAUCUCUCUUUGUUUAUUAAUACUUCAAGUGGCUUUAUUUUCAAACCUGUGAUCAACAUUUGUAAUGUCACUUUAGAACAUGUUUACCAAAUGAUAAGUCAACAUCUUGGAAUCAAGAUUAUAGCAUCCAAAAAAGCAACACUCAGAACCUGUACAAAACUUGUAUGUAACGAGUUAGCCACCCUUCCUUCUGUACAAGCUCUUGACUCUCGUCCUAGUUGGGGGUCCAUAUCUUCAUGUGAUUGA